UGAGCAAGGUCAUUUCAGGUAAGCCAGACCACCACCCUUCUCUAUUGCUUUCUCUCUCUAAACACCUCUCUCUCUCUCUCUCUCUCUCUCUCUCUAAACAAACUCCAUCGCUCCGAUCGAUAUGAAAUUGUAUUCGUCCCACACCGAAACCCUAAUCUUUCACUGACUCAUCUUCUUCGAUCCCGGCCGUUCAUCCCUAUAAGCUUCUGGAAGAUCUUGGAACAAUUUGAACAAAAAAAAACCCUAGGCUCAUUCCGCAGCUGAGAUUCUCGUCCAACAUAUGAGGAUUCUUUGUUUUCUACCGAUUUCUUGAAAUCCACGUGAGAUUUUGCAGAAAGAUACUUGCUUUUUGUAUAUAUCUGUUAAGUGUUUUUGGAUUGGAACAAGGUUUGAUUGGGUUGGCUAUGGGAACACUGAGCUGGAUCGGAGAAUGAAUUAGGAUCUAGCGCUAGUUGAUUUAGACUGCUUUGGUUGAUUUAGAUUGAUUAGGUAUGUGGUGAUUGAUUGGAGUUUUUCGAAGCUUUUCGAAUUGACUUUCGGGUUUCUGGGUUAGGAGCUAGUGUAGCAAUCAGUGGGUGUAUAAGAGUGAAGGUUUGGGUUGAUUUGGAUGCGGAUAUGGUUAAUGGGUUUUGUGUUUUGAGCUUGGAGUAGUGACUGUUCAAUUGAAGAAGCGUGGUUUUUGUGGUUCAGUGAAGAAGGUUGAUUGGGUUGUAGUUGGGAAUUGGGGUAUAGUGCUAGUAUUUGCAGAAUGAGCUUAGAGAACGAAGACCAACACUUGCCGGAUCAGCCCGCCGAAACGAAUCAUGAAGUUAAUAAGAAGUUGAAAAUAUCGUAUACGAGGGAGUUUCUUCUGUCAUUGAGUGAGUUAGAAUCCUGCAAGAAGUUGCCAGAUGGGUUCGACCGGUCAUUCCUAAGUGAAUUCGAGGAUGCUUUCAGAGGGCAAAGGCCAUCUAGUGGUUUGUCAGCAAAUAGUUUCAGGCGAAAUGAUUAUGGUUCAUCCCCUCCUACUAGGGGUGAUGCAGCUGGUUAUUCGCGGCCACUUCAUGGAAGGUGGGAAAGUCGUUCUUCGGGACGCAGUGAUAAAGAUAGUGAUACGCAAUCUGACAAAGACUCUGAUUCCGGAAGGCACUAUGGGAACCAGGCUUGGCGGCCUUGGCAGGUCCCUGAGCAUGAUGGACUUCUCGGAAGUGGUUCCUUUCCAAGACCAGCUGGGUUUGCUGGAGGGAUAGCGGCACCCAAAGUUCGACCUAAUGAUACCUACCAACUAAAUAGAAGCAAUGAACCAUAUCAUCCUCCCCGUCCUUAUAAAGCACCACCUCUCACACGAAAGGAGAUUACCGACUCACUUAAUGAUGAAACUUUUGGUUCCUCUGAGUAUACAAAUGAGGAUAGAGCAGAAGAGGAAAGAAAGAGAAGAGAUGCCUUUGAACUAAUGAGGAAGGAGCAGCAGAAAGCAUUUCAAGAAAAGCAGAAGCUGAAGCCAGAGAAGAAUAAAGGUGGCUUUGAUUUUUCUACGCUGUUGGAUGAUGAUACCAACGAGGAGAAGAAACUUUUGCUGAGGAGCAGUGAAAUAGCUGAGCCUCGGCUACCACCAGCAUCAAAUAAUGAGGAAAAGUCUAAUUUACCCUUGCAAACUCCUGCAACCAGACCUCUUGUCCCCCCUGGUUUUACUAGCACAGUUUUGGAAAGAAAUCUUGCACCAAAAUCCUUGAACCAUCCCCAUCAAGUGGAGGUUGGGAAUUCUGGACUUGAGGAUAACAUUCUACAUGGCAAAGGUAACCGUGUUGUAAAUGGUACUUCUGAUAAUCGAGUGGAAAAACAACCGGUUGAGCAAAUGGUUUUGGGCAAGCAGCAUCAUGCAAGUGCAAGUACUCAUGCUGCAUUUGAUAGUAUGAGUGAAAAGAGUCUAAAUUUGUUACCACCUCAAGGUGCUUAUAAUAAGAUAAUUGGCGUGGAUAGUCAAGUAUAUAAUAAAGCUAAUACACCACAAGCUUUGGAAGCUUCCAGAAAUAGUGAAGUGUUUGAGAUCGAUGCUGAAAAGGUGACUAAUUCUACUUCAAUACUGGAAAAGCUUUUCAGCGGUGCAGUACCUUUAAAUGGUGUUGGCUCCUCAAAUAUCACUGAGCCUCAUGAUAGCAAAGUAGAUGAGGCACUGGGUCCUCACAUCGUCAACUCUUCAAAGUUUGCUCAGUGGUUUCAUGAAGAAGACAAGAAACCUGCUGACGAGAUCUUAUCCGGAAGGCCAAAUGACUUGCUUUCCUUGAUCGUUGGUAAUGAAAAAGCUGGACCUCAUAUUUCUGAUGGGAAGCUACGCGAUCACAAUUUUCUUAGUUUUCCCUCCCAAAACUCUGAACCUGCAGAGAGGCUUUUGACAUCAAACAUAGUAUCUCCUCCAGUUGGUGACUCUGAGCAUAUGUACAAAAGUAAUAAACCAGAGGCAGUUUCAGCAGUCCUUACAUGUGAAGACCUUGAGCAGUCGAUUCUAUCUGAAAUUAGUGAGAGUGGUCCAACCUUGCGGCCCCCUGUUCAAAGGUCAGUUGUACCUGAUAGAAAGGCUGAGCAGCCAAAAGCCAAAGUAGAUAAUCAUGCAUCGCAGCACUUACUCUCACUGUUACAGAAGGGAACAGGCUUAAAAGAUAUUGAACCAUCUUUGAAUCAAGAAACAGCAUCUUCUGAGAAAAUUCACAACAUUGAUGGGACAGUUAUUGGCACUGCACGUCACAUUUCAAAAGAGAAAAAUGCUGAAAAUGUUUCUGAUCCAGGGAAGAAUCUGACGCUUGAAACACUAUUUGGAACUGCUUUCAUGAAGGAGUUGCAAUCAGUUGGAGCACCAGUUUCUACUAAAAGAGGCCUUGUUGGGUCAGCAAGAGUAGAUGUUCCGGAGCCUCAUGGGUUGCCUUUUCCAGUAUCAGACAAUAGUUUUGUUCCUUCUGCAAUUGAUGUUGGACCUAACACAAGUAAUCAUAGUAACAGUGACAUGACAGCAAAUAGAAGGAAGCAAACCAAAUCAGAUGAGAUCGAUGAGCAGUUGCUAGGUUUUGAUAAUCCUCAAAUUGACCUAGAUUCAUUACAGGUUAGAACUGACUUGGGGUCUAAGAUUGGCGUCUUUGAUGGGCCUGCGGAUAUUCGACUUCCUGAAGAGGAUAGCUUAAUUACCGUCAGUGAACCUUUAAACAUCCAAAAUUUUAUGUCUACUGGGAAUCUAGUGAAAAGCAAAGUAUUCUCCCCAAACACAGAAGUUGACAUUGUUGAGAAAUUGGCAGCUUUGAACUCUGCCUUCAAGGAUGAAAGGUCUAUCAUGGGAAGCCAAGAAGGUCCACCUUUUCUUCGUGGCCCUUAUGAUAUGAGACAGCCUGAUAUUUCUUAUCAGAACCAUAAUGUCCAACCUUCUUCACAACAGCUCCAUCAUCCUCAAAUGAAUCAUAGGGGAACUUUUUUUCAUCCAUCAGAUUCUCAUCCUGGCAAUGCCAACUCUCAGAUGAAUUUUAUGACUCCAGAGGGUAUGAUCCGAAAUGAUCCUCCUCAAAGUCAUCAGUUUCCUGCAAAUAUGCUCCGUCCACCUUUCCAUCAUGCGAACACUGGACAAUCUGGGUUUGAUGCUCAUCAUCACCCUAUGUUGCAACAGAUGCAUAUGUCAGGAAACUUUCCUCCGCCUCACUUGCUACAAGGAUUAUCCAGUGCUCCAGCCCUGCCUCCUCAUCAGAACAGGGGUGCACCUUUGCCUGCUCAUCCAAACAGUCAGGUUUCUAGCUUUUUGGAAGAAUUGAACCCAAUGGCUGGCUUUCCGUUUGGUCCUCGGCCAGUCAACUUAGGUGGUCAUGGCAUGCCAUCGCCAGCUCCUGAUGUUGCUGGUGGAAGCAACCAUCCUGAGGCAUUGCAAAGGCUCCUUGAGAUGGAAAUGAGGUCAAACCCGAAACAGAUUCACCCAUUUGCUGCCAGUGGUGGGCAUAAUAGUCAAGGGAUGUAUGGGCAUGAACUGGACAUGGGUUUUGGUUAUCGAUAGUUACUCAGAUGUUUGUGCUUGUGUAUAUCAAUGUAUUGACAGUCUCUUGCUCAGAUGUGCAAUUCAACGAAUGGCGAUGUGUUUAAUGUUGCUUCUUUCAUAUUGGAUGUAUGAGACUAGUGUAAGUAAUGGAUUUUCUUGCCAUUGGCCAUGUUAUUGGGUUCA